CUCUCGGGGAGGGAGGUGGGAGGAGAAGGAAGAGCAGAGAGGGGACAGUUCCAGCAGCAACUUGCUGUGUGAAUAUUAUUGAAGGAUCGCCAGUGGAGGAAGACCAGGGAGCACGGCUCAGAGCCACACUGCAUGAGUCCAUGGAUUACAUGUGUUUUCGAGCCCUCUGCUGUAAGGGUCCUCCGCCACCACGUCCAGAAUAUGACAUUGUAUGUAUAGGUCUCACAGGAUCUGGCAAGACCAGCCUUUUAUCACAGCUGUGCAGUGAGAGCCAAGACAACCUUGUGCCUACCACAGGUUUUAGUAUAAAAGCCGUUCCAUUCCAUAAUGCCAUUCUGAAUGUAAAAGAACUUGGAGGAGCAGCCAAUAUCCGGAAGUACUGGAGUCGUUAUUAUCAGGGAUCACAAGGUGUAGUCUUUAUUCUUGAUAGUGCCUCAUCAGAAGAAGACCUAGAAACUGCCAGGAAUGAGCUCCAUUCCGCACUUCAGCACCCACAACUAUGCACUUUACCGUUUUUAAUAUUGGCUAAUCACCAAGACAAACCAGCAGCUCGUUCCAUACAAGAGAUCAAGAAGUAUUUUGAACUUGAGCCACUGGCACGAGGAAAAAGAUGGAUUCUACAGCCAACCUCACUGGACAACAUGGAAGCUGUAAAGGACAGCUUUUCAAUGCUAAUAAACCUUUUAGAUGAUCGAGAACUUGAGCCUGUUCAGUUGUGAAAAAUUCCGAAUGCAGCAGGCUUCUUCAAUGUUUCACCUGGGAGCAUUUUUACUUUCCAGGAACAUCAAACAUGGACAGCAGCAUCGUGUCUGGGUCGCAGAGGGUCUGCAUUGUUUGCUGCCUUAUAUCUACAUGGAAUUGCUUCUUUUUUUAAAUUUGUUUUGUGGAUAGUAUCUUUUUAGUAGCCAUAUACCCAAGUAUUGGUUAAGUAGGCCAGGACUGGUACUUUAAAUAAUUCAUAAAAAUAGGCUGGAUGACUGAAAACGGGAUCAAUCAAUAUCGUCUAGAACAGCUGUAUGAACAACAUUGGCUACGAACGAUGUUCAUCAAUUCAAUCACCUAUAGAAUAUUUAUAUUGCUAUUACAAUUCAUCUUUUCAUGCAAAACAUGUCUUAAAAUAGUAUUGUAGCCAUACGUUUCUGUGCACACAAAACUUGUAUUUCAGUUAUGGACUGAUGCUGAUGGGAUGCACAUUGGACCUAUUGAAAGAAAUUGGAACUUUUUUCUCCCUGUCCACCAAGCUCUUUUCAAGGGAAUGUAUAGUACUUUUCACGUGUUUUUAUUUUUAGAAAAAUUAUGUGUGUGUACAUAUAUACAUUAAUGUGCACA